AUGCAAUUUACUAUUGAGUUAGUUGCUGAAAGGUCAGUCUUACGAGAAUCUAUCAAAGGCAUAAUAUGGACUAUAUUCUUUAACAGGCUAUUUGGACCAAUAACUCCAGCAACAAGGGAGUUUCUUGAUGUUACAUACCCCCUGGUGGCAAAUUUGCCUGACCUUGAUUCUUUGAUAGAGGAAAAGAUCACCACAUUUAUACGCACUCGCAUUGAGGGCAAGCCACUACCCGCAAGGGGAACUAUCACUAUCCAAUUUUUGAAUAAAUCUAAUGAGAAACGAAAGAGCUCUGGAUGGUUUGGUAGGGAGUAUGAGAAUGACGACAUGAAAGCAUGGGAAACGUGGACAAUCAACGUCGAAUCUCUACCAAUAGAAGAAGGUCCAAGCAUACACCGACCCAAGCAUGCUGGCUUAGAAUACUCAAGGGCAGUCACAAUAUCUAUGAAAAGCUUUGAAGAUAGUUUGGUGAAGAUUUACGAUUUCGUGGAUCGACACAAGGACCACAUACCGCCUAUAACCUCACUCGAAAGCUCUCCGUUUCCUUACAUAAUAAAAGUACAAGAGGAUUCAAGAUCAAAGCCCGAAAAGCACAACUCAGAUGGUGACGAGGGAUGGGGGUCCUAUAUCAAGAAAAUACUUGAUUAA